CUAAACAGCUAAACAGGUGGGGCUCUGCCCGGAAUGACGGGUUGCCACUGCACAUAAUACAACACAGAAAAAUCUUUGAUAAACAAUGUUAAUCUUACCAACGAUGGCCUUCAGUGUUCUUAUAUCGAUGGCAUCCUUGGCAACAGGUCAAAAGAGGUAAGUAGAAUGGGUAAGUAUAUGAAUAUGAACAUACUGUACAUUUGCAUUCAAACACACAUACUCAUGAGCUAGAAUGACGAAACAGAGGCUACAUAGCUACAUUUCAAUGGGACUAGCAAACAGCAACCAACAAUCCUGUUUUGUCUUCUUCUGAGGUCAGGAAAAGCCGAUGUAGUCUGGCUGUAGUGUUGUGACUACUUAUUUAUGAUCAAUAUCAAGUAUUACAAACUCUACCUGAUUACUAUUGAAAAGCCUGUGUAGUAAAGCUGUAAUGUUUUGACUACUUAUUUACUACCGACAUCAAGUAGUAAAAAUCUCUACCUGAAUAUUAAAACUUCUGUUUUCCUAUUGAACACUACCAAACUCUACUUGUGUAUCUUGAGUAGUGCAUCAACUACACAUUCACUACACAAUCCCUACACGUUUUUUCAUAGUCACUACUGCACGAAUAGGUUUCGUGUUGUAAUUCAGUACUUUUUCAAGAGUUAUAGGCAAAUCAUGCGUCACCAGCUGUGACUUGCGGUCAGUGUCCUUGCAUUGUCGUUUUCACAGCAGAAAUGAAAAUGUGUCUAGAGGGCAGUAUUGGGCUGCAAAUCCGUGUGCGUGCGUGUGCCUGCGCGGGUCCGUUGCAACGCAAUUUCUGGACUGACAAAACGGAGAUAAAUGAGGGACAACUGUUCAUUAUCUCUGAAUGAAAGAACGUCAGGAUGACAGCAGAAAUGUUUCCUAAGGAGAAGACCAUUGAUCUUCGGAAAAAGCACAUUGGUCCAUCAUGUAAGGUGUUCUUCAGCCACGAUCCCAUCAAGAUUGUGCGAGCCAAAGGCCAGUACAUGUAUGACGAGAAUGGUGUGCGAUACUUGGACUGCAUCAACAACGUUGCACAUGUGGGUCACAGUCACCCAAUGGUGGUGAAGGCUGGGGCUGAACAGAUGGAGCUACUGAAUACUAACUCACGCUUCCUGCAUGAUAACCUUGUCCAGUACGCCCAGAGGCUGCAGGCUACUCUACCUGAAAAGCUCUCUGUCUGCUACUUUGUCAACUCAGGCUCUGAAGCCAACGACCUGGCGCUCAGACUGGCCUGGGAGUACACAGGCCACAAAGACGUCAUAACGUUGGACAAUGCAUAUCACGGCCAUGUGUCAUCGCUCAUUAACAUCAGCCCUUAUAAAUUUCACCAGCUGGCCAAUGCAGAGCAGAGCAAAUCUGUUCACGUGGCUCUGAGCCCUGACCUCUACAGAGGCAACUAUAGACAAGACCAUCCAGACCCCGCCACAGCAUAUGCCGAUGACGUCAACAAUCUUAUACAGAAAGCCCAUGAGAAAGGACACAAGGUUGCUGCUUUUAUUGCAGAGUCGCUGCAGAGUUGUGGUGGGCAAGUCAUCCCCCCUGCAGGCUACUUCCAGAAAGUGGCACAACAUGUUCACCGGGCUGGUGGCCUAUUCAUCGCUGACGAGGUGCAGGUGGGAUUUGGCCGUGUUGGCACCCACUUCUGGGCCUUCCAGCUACAGGGAGAAGACUUUGUGCCUGACAUUGUCACGAUGGGCAAACCCAUCGGCAACGGGCACCCCAUGUCAUGUGUGGUCACCACAAGAGAGGUAGCAGAGGCCUUCAAGAACUCUGGCAUGGAGUACUUCAACACGUUUGGCGGUAACCCUGUGUCCUGUGCCAUUGGCCUUGCUGUGCUGGACGUGAUUGAGAAAGAGGAUCUCCAAGGCAACGCGCUGCGGGUGGGGGGCUACCUGACGCGACUGCUGGAGCAGCAGAAGGAGAAGCAUCCACUGGUGGGGGAUGUCAGGGGUCGUGGCCUGUUUGUUGGGGCGGAGCUUGUGAGAGAUCGGGUGAAACUGACCCCUGCUACAGCGGAAGCCCAGGACAUAAUUUACAAACUGAAGGAACAACACAUCCUACUAAGUGCAGAUGGUCCUCAUCGCAAUGUCCUCAAGUUCAAACCACCCAUGUGCUUCUCUGAGGAGGACGCCGACAUGGUCGUGGAAAAGAUUGACCAGAUUCUCACAGACAUUGAGAAGGCGUUGGGGUUACAAAUGCCCUCCACAGUACAUACAGAGAAUGGAAGCCGUAAGAGAAAUAUCUGUGGACACAGAAGGUUCAACCUGAGGAAAACGGAUGUCAUCAUUCAAAUGGAAUAAGCCAUAGCCAUGAUACGUCUCAACAGCAUGCCUCUCAGCAAAACAAAAGGCUGAGGUCUUAAUGGACUUGUGGAGUUUUGCUACUGUCUUAUAAGACCUGAAUAGUGUGCCCUGCGCACAUGUUUCACAUGUUUCGAUGGAUAAAGGAAGCGACUUCAUUCUCAAAUCUAUAAUUACUUUUUAUAAGCAUUUAUAAUAUGUUAGUUACACAUUGAUGUUAUAAUCCUAAUCUCAGGUACUUUGAAAUGUGAUUGGAAAUUUGGACAGGCAUGUAUAAGGCCUGCUGUUCCUCUGUAUAGAGACAGAAUGCAGAUGAACUAGAAAGCCAUAUUGACAUUUAGGAACAAACUUAAUGUGCUAAUGUCCAGGAUGUCUUUAGAGUCAUGCAUUGAUCCCUCACUGUGACUUCAUAUUAAAUAGUAAAUGACAAUGAUUACAAAUGCUAACUUUUUCAAAGUAUCAUUAUGAAAUAUAAAGAACAUGAUAGGAGGCCUACUGAAAACACUAUAAAGUAGUAUUGGCCAUUGUCAUGUUAUUGCCCACAUUUAGAGAGGUUCUUCAAUGAAAGCGUUGUUCUACAAAAAUUUCAAAUAAACAAUGCAGACAGGGAACGGAAUUGUUGAUCUUUGUGUCUAGCUGCCUCUUGUGUACAUUGAAAGAAAAUGCUGAGGAGCAGAGUUGGCUACACAGAAACCUUGGACAAGACAUGGUGCACUGCUAUGCUAAUUGUGACAAGAACAAGUACCAAAACACUUAGUUAAUAGCCCAGGCGUUUAUUUGCUUAAAUCACGCAACAAUACAGGCGCUUAUUAGAGACAGGCUUCUAUUUUAGCUUUUGCACAUUUGUAUAGUUAAUUGUUUAAUACCAGCUUUUCUUGUACUAAUAUGUUAUCAUUUGCACACCGUGUCACAUUUAUUUUGUCUUACUAUGCCUGUAUAAAAUAAAAUACAACUUUUCCUUGACAGGAUAAUCAUUGA